AUGGCAUCGCACAGCGUCAGCGAGAGGACAACCAGCCAAUCACACGCGCACACUGGCACACAUACACUAGACGCACACUGCCAUGACAAAACGGUGCUUGUCUCUGAGGAAGACGAUGAUGAGACAAGGCUGGCGCGCUCGUUGGGGGAGUUUGGAGGAGGGGAAUGUAAAAAGCAGAAGGAACAAGUUUCCUGCCUUUUGAAAUGACAAGCAGUCUACUGAACGUCAACAAUGAGUUCAAACGUGACGGCAACGCCAGCGCCCGGCGGCGGGUGCCCGCCGGUGGGCAUCCAGUUGGAGGGUGUUAUACUGCCACCGGUGCUAGCCAUAGAUGUGUUACUAGGCUUGCUGGGAAACCUGGUGGCAUUGUGGAUCUUCUGCUUCCGGAUCAAGUCGUGGAACGCAAAUACUGUGUUUCUCUUCAACCUGGUGGUGGCCGACUUCCUCGCGCUGCUCAGCCUGCCGCUUCGCAUCGACGCCCUCCUGCGGGGCCACUGGGUGUUCGGUGACGCCCCAUGCCGCCUCAACCUCUUCCUCAUGUUCUCCAACCGCACUGCCAGCAUCGCCCUCAUGACCAUCAUCGCCUUCUAUCGAUACUUCAAGGUUGUGCACCCCCACCACCGCUUUAACCGCAUGACCAAGCAUCAGGCAGCUGGGUUUUCGCUGGUCGUGUGGCUGCUGAUGAGCAGUCCUCGCAUCCCUUUGCUGGCCUACAAUCACAUCAAGGGAAGCGGAAGCAAAACACAGUGUUUCUUCUUCACGUCCUACAAGGAGGCGUCUCGAGGCAUCAUCAUCCUGGUGGCGAUGCAUCGCAUCCUGACCGUGUUGGAAUUUGUCAUUGCGCUAGUUUUGCUCGUCUUCUGCUCCGUGAGGAUUUCCCUCUUCCUGAAAAAGCGGCAGAUGGGAAAACCUGAAAAGGUGCGCAGGGCCAUGCGGGUGUGUGUAGCCAUCGUGGUCAUUUUCCUGGUGUGCUUCCUGCCCACUACCAUCACCACGCUGGGGAUCUGGCUGAACCGCAGCCUCCGCCCGUGGGACUGCAAUGCCUUUUACAUGCUCACCCAGCUCAACAUCGUAUCCCUAGGGCUCAACUUCCUCAACUCUGCCUUGGACCCCAUUGUCUAUGUCUUCUCCAGCACCAUGUUCAGGACGGCGCUCCUGGCGGCCAUACCCCGAAGACUGCGGUGUUGUCAGGUAGAGGACAGUGAGCGCUCCUCGUCUACAUCUCAGUCCACAAGCCAGAUAGAGCUCAGGAUGACGAGAGCCAGUGAAGCCUUGUAA